CAGGUGAACACCGGGAAUAAAGCCCUGCUGGAAGCUCCGUGACUGACAGCUCAAAGCCAAACAUUCGUGCAUGAAUCGCGCUCGCUCCUCCCUCAUGGGGCCCUCAGCGGCCAAUGGCGUGGCUCUCCUUCAGAUAGACCCCAGCGUAUCUCCCUCCAGCCCCAGUCCCCGCAGAGUAAAAGUCACGUUGGAAGGAAGAGGGGAGAGAGAUAUCUGCUUACAGCUGCUGUCAGAUAUCCGAUCGGGUUCGCAUGGCGAGGAGGUAACCUGAUCGAGCGGGGAGGAGUGACUCUGCCAGGGAAGGCUCGAACAAAAAAAAUGUCUUCUUCUUCUGCCGGAGAGGUCACGGCAGUGAAUGACAUCAAGAGGGAAAAUGUGAAGGAGGUGGAUAAGCGUGAGAGCAUCAAGCUGGUGGCGCUGGACACGGCGGAGUUGUCCAUGGAGCGCACGGCUCCCAACGCCGACGCGGUGCGCACGGAGCUGCUGGUGAGCGCCGCUUCCUCCCUGGCUUUCUCCCCGGAGCAAGUGGCGUGCGUGUGUGAGGCGCUGCAGCAGGGGGGCAACGUGGACCGGCUGGCGAGGUUCUUGUGGUCCUUACCCCAAAGCGACCUGCUCCGCGGCAACGAAAGCAUUCUGAAAGCCCAAGCCCUCGUUGCCUUCCAUCAGGCGCGCUAUCAGGAGCUCUAUAGUAUUUUGGAGAACCAUAGUUUCAACCCGUCCAACCACACCUUUCUGCAGGAACUGUGGUACAAGGCCCGGUACACGGAGGCGGAGAAAGCGCGCGGGAGACCCCUGGGCGCCGUGGAUAAAUACCGGAUCCGGAGGAAAUACCCUCUCCCCAGGACUAUCUGGGACGGCGAGGAGACGGUUUAUUGUUUCAAGGAGAGGUCGCGGAACGCGCUGAAGGAUCUCUACAACCAGAACAGGUACCCGUCUCCAGCCGAGAAACGGAAUCUGGCCAAGAUAACCGGACUCUCCUUGACCCAAGUCAGCAACUGGUUCAAAAACAGGCGGCAGAGGGACAGAAACCCUUCGGAAGCGCAGUCCAAAAGUGAGUCUGAUGGAAACCACAGCACAGAGGACGAGUCCAGUAAGGGCCAGGAGGAGUUGUCCCCUCGCCCUCUCUCCAACUCUUCAGACGGAGUGAUAACCCACGGGAGCCUCCCGGCUCAGGCUGGACCUCUGGACGGCGGCGUCGUCAUCCAGCAGAUCGGUGACAUCAAGAUGUCAGGAUCCAGCGGCGGUGGCGUCUACAACGGCAGCCUGGCAGCCACUAAUACUUCCUCCACCGUGUUUCACAAUGGCGGCUCAUCCUACCUCCACUCGCCUGGAAACAUCCUGUUCAACGGGCUCAAUCUGGGCAUCCAGCCGCUGGCGUUCAACCCCCUGAGGCCGCCCGGCGGAGUGCUGCUGGGUGGCACCGCAGGGGACAUGCACAUGCAGACGGGCCAGGAGAAGGGACUGGGCGGCACCGAGGAGUCCGUCCUGCAGUACUCCUCCUACUCGGGCUGUGUGAACGGGUCGGAGGUGAAGCUGGAGGGCGUCCACACAAUGGCGGCCCAGAACGGAGGCUCCUCUGUGCUCACCUUCAGCUCGCCAUCUGCAGCUCUGCAGCUGGGCGGCUACAGUCUGGUACCGGUACCGAGUGGAGUCCCUGACAACGACGGCAGCGCGCUGCUCAACAGUGACGUAGGUCUUCCUCCUCUACAGCUGCCGUCUGCUUCUUCUUCCUCAACAAUUACUCAACAAGGUAACAUGUCUCUGAACAACGCAGCGGUGAGCUCGUCCAGUGAAGACUCCUUCCAGCCGCAGGACAAGCUGACCAUGACGUCUCUGCACCACAGCAGCGUCCUCUACAGCCUGAGCAACCAGACCGCCAUCAAGAAGGAGCCUCUGGACGGCGGGAUUUACUCCUCGUACCACACCGGGCUGCACCUGGACCCCAGCGGUCAGAUCAGCUACACCAGCCCCGACUCGGCCUCCAGCCACGCCGCCGACGCCACUGUCAGCUCGUCCAGCUCCGAGCCGGAGGUCUACACCACCCUCACCAACAGCACGCCUCUGAUGGCUCAGACGGACCAGGACACCCAUCACCACCUGCAGCCGGCGGAGUACCUGGGCUCCCACGAGGUGCACCGAGGGGCCCCGCCCUCACACCUGAUGGGCCCCGGGAUGAACAGUGACUACAUGAACCUGCCGGAGAGCAAGGCGGACGGCUCGGGGCCCGGGGGGAUGAACGAGAUGGUGCGGGCGAUGUGCGGGGAGCUGGAAGAGGGGAAGGAGCUAGCCAAACUACAGACUGUGCAGAUGGACGAGGACAUGUCCGACCUUUAACCUCAGACUUUGAAGCACUCACAUCCACCUGGGCAGUCAUAUGAUGAAUCUUUUUACUCUUCUGUGUGUGUGUGAGUGUGAGUUUUUAAGCAUUGAUUUCCUUUAAAUUAUUUGCUUUUAUUUUCACUUUUGAAAUGCACUCUAGUCAGAAAGGAUCCGUGUGGGUGGGCUGCUUCAGCUUUUUAACAAAAACGUAAAAAUAAGAGGCUGUGACGUGUUAAAAAAAACGUUCAUGUGAGGAACUAGUGAGGCCUAGUCCACAUGUAGCCGGUUAUCUGAGAAAACAAAUACAUUUUUACAAGUUAUGCUCCUUCAUCCACACAAAAACUCUGUUUAAUAUCAAUAAAAACGAUUACAGAUAUAUAUAAACUCCGUAUUUGUGUUUAGUGUCCCAUAUAUUACAAUUUUCGGCAAAUGAUGCGCCAAUGUAUCCACGAAAUUGCUUUAACAUGAUUCCCAAACAACAUCGUUUUGUAUUUUCUUGCCUUUAUAUUCUAAUUCGCUAUUUAAAAGUAGUUAAACUUGUAUAUCCGUCCGCACAAGUGAACCUCCAGGCGACAUGUUUGACUCCUAACAGAAAGUAGUGACUGUUUUGAAGCGAUCUGAUUGGCCGACGUAGGUUUUAGUUUUGCGCUACACUGCCCCCUAUGGGUUUGGCGUGUUUAAAACAACGCGCAGGGACAAUAACCGAUCCCUUGUUUUCGAUAUAAAUUUUUAAAGAAUAUGGCAGAGAUAUUUACGACGGCGAAUUUCAGAAAAUUCCUAGAAAAAAAGUAAAACAUUUCCAAGAAUUUUUUUUUUAUUUUUAUUUUUUAUUAAACUUAUAAAUUUACCACAAAAAAACAGGACAUUUCUGAGCUCUAAAAGUUUAAAAUUUGAAAGAAAAAAAAAAAAGAAAUUUUUAGAUUAAUCUCAGAAAUUUUGUAGAAAAAAUAAGGAAAUAUCUGGGCUCCAAAUGUUGUAUGUUUGAAAGAAAAACUCAGAAAUGUUUACAUUAAUCAAAAAAAUUUACCACUAAAAAAACAAGACAAUUUCUGGGCUCUAAAAGUUGAAAAUUUGCAAGAAAAACCUCUGAAAUUUUUAGAUUAAUCUCAGAGGUUUCCUAGAAAUAUCUUGGAAAUUUCUGAAUUUCAAAAGUAAAAAAUCUUCAGCUUUUGAACCCGAGAAAUGUACCAAAUAUGUAAAAUUUUCAACUUAGGAAAUUUCUGAGAACAGACAGAAAAUUUUGGAGUUUUUUGGCUCAAAUUUCCUCUUCCUUUCUAUCUGCAACAGCCCUUAUAGUACAGUGGAUAUUUGUUUCUAAAAGACCCGUCUACAUGUGGACCAGGCUUUCGAUUGCUCUGAGUGAUGAGAAGUAGCCGCUGCAUUGAGUCUGAGCUUCUUUAAAUGAGCAUCUUUAUAGGCAGCACCUGCUACUUC